AUGGUGCUUAGUAUCCCUGAAUUCCGCAAGGACUUCGGUAGAGAGUAUGCAGGAAACUAUGUGCUUGAUGCAGACUGGCAGUCAGCUUUCUCCGGAGGUCCCAUCGCAAGCUCUAUCGUCGGCACCUUCGGGGCCGGAUACAUCGCCGACAAAAUAGGACGAAAACCGCUCAUGAUUGGUUCUAUUGCUGUAUCCUUUGCUGCUAUUGCCUUGGAGUUUGUGGCAACGACAAACGCCAUGUUCUUCGGAGGGAAGUUUAUCAAUGGUUUUGUGACCGGUAUCAUCCUCUCUGUUGCAGUCACAUACAUUGGCGAGGUCACGCCUUUAGCACUUCGCGGCAUCUUUACGUGUUUGACGGCUCUCAUGAUGACCAUCGGCCCACUGACGAGCGCGAUCAUUGUGAACUACACCGGAAACAGUCCGACCCGGUGGGCCUACCGCGCUGUUUUCUGUGCACAGUUCGGUUUCGCUGGUGUCUCUGCCAUUUUUGCCCCUUUCGUACCCGAGUCUCCCGUUUGGCUUAUCAGUGUCGACAAAGACGACCGAGCAACAAAAGCCCUUCAACGCCUGGGAUACACGAAUCCUGUCGAUCUUGCCAUGCGCGUCUCUCAGAUUCGCACCACGCUUCAGGAGGCCAAGGCAGAGGUCGCCGGAGCGACAUAUCUCGACUGCUUCCGCAAAUCGAAUCUCCGCCGUACAAUAAUAUCUGUGAUGCCUCUGGCGAUCCAGGCCCUGAGCGGCGUGUUUUUCAUAGCUUCCUACGGGACAUAUUAUAUGCAACUUGCUGGCUAUAGCACAUCAGACAGUUUCAAGCUUCAGAUUGCCCAACACGGAUGCUCAAUGGCUGGAAAUAUUUGCUCGUGGUACCUUAUCGACAAAGUUGGACGUCGACCACUGACAUUCUGGGGGACGUUCUCUAUCACGGUCAUUCUAAUGAUCUGCGCCGGCCUCGCCACGGAGGGCAGCCCGGGCGCUAUCAAGGGGUCAGUGGCCUUCAUCGUCAUCUACAAUUUCUUCUACAACAUCUCGAUUGGUGCGACGGCGUAUACUCUGCUUUGUGAAGUGGCAACUUCUAAGUUGAGAGUCAAGACAAUCUCAAUUGGAGUGGCCCUUCAGUACCUCAUUUACCUCUUCUGGGCAUUCGUCAUUCCGUACCUCUUCAAUCCAGACAAGGCCAACCUCGGAGCUAAGACGGCGUUCAUAUUUGGCGGAAUUGGUCUGCUAUGUCUUGUAUACCUUUGGUUCUAUCAACCAGAGACGGCGGGCAGAAGCUUCAAGGAGCUGGAUGAGCUCUUCAUGAAAGGAGUCAGCGUAAGGGAAUUCGGGACAUACAAGACCCGGGCCGAGUUGGAAGGAGAGCAGGCCCAAGAGAUGGGAAAGUCGGACACAGCAUAA